UCUCUUUGACUCGCCGGAGUAACAAAAACUCAUCAUUCCCCCGUCUAUCUCUCUCCUUCUCUCUCUCUCUGCACUUUUCUUCUACGUUUCUUCUGAGUUCUGAGAAAAAAAGAAAAGAAAAGAGGAAGAUGAAACUCGACGAAGAAUUCUUACACGACAGAGACCAUUCGUUUCUUACAGAUGACGAGGAAAACCAAGCAGAGCUUGCUUGUUCCGACGAUGAACACGACGGAGGAGACGGUGAGUAUCGUAGAGGCGGAGCGAAUUCUGAUUCCUCCUCUCCGUUAUCUCGAGACCGUUCCGAUAAUAAUCUCUCCGACGCCUCUAAUCCUCCGUGGCCACAAAGCUAUCGACAAUCGAUGGAUCUGUUGUCCGGAAUGACUCCACCUUCCGUAAGUUUCAUGCCUCGAAGCAGUUCCCGGAGAUUAUUCUCUUCCUUUCAGAAGAAGCAACAGCAAUCUUCGUUUUCCGAUUCGUUUUCGUCUUCUUCAAGCAAACCACUUCUCCCUCAACCAGUUUCUGACAAAGACGAAACCAUCUUACCCUUCAAACCUUCAUCUCAGCUCAAGCUCUCCGUCACCGAUCUUCCAUCACCGGAGACUAAUCUCUGCUCCUUCUCUCAAUCCGUCCUCAACGGAACCAAUGUUCUGUGCGGAUUAGGGUUAAUAACAAUGCCUUAUGCGAUAAAAGAAAGUGGAUGGCUUGGUCUGAUCAUACUCUUGUUCUUCGGAGUCAUCACUUGCUACACAGGUGUUCUCAUGAAGAGAUGUCUAGAAAGUUCUCCUGGCCUUCAAACUUACCCCGAUAUAGGUCAAGCCGCCUUUGGAAUCACCGGUCGCUUAAUCAUCUCCAUUCUUCUGUACGUGGAGUUGUACGCAGCUUGUGUGGAAUACAUAAUCAUGAUGAGUGAUAACUUAUCAGGACUAUUCCCAAACAUUUCAUUCAGCAUUGCUUCAGGGAUAUCUUUAGAUUCUCCUCAGGUCUUUGCAAUCUUAACCACUCUUCUUGUUCUCCCAACAGUCUGGCUUAAAGAUCUUAGCUUGCUUUCUUACCUUUCAGUUGGUGGAGUCUUGGCGUCAAUCUUGCUCGGUCUCUGCCUCUUCUGGGUUGGUGCGGUCGAUGGAAUCGGGUUUCAUGCUACAGGAAAAGUUUUUGACUUCAGUAACUUACCUGUCGUUAUAGGAAUUUUUGGUUUUGGUUACUCGGGUCAUUCUGUUUUUCCUAACAUCUACUCUUCCAUGAAAGACCCUUCAAAGUUUCCUCUCGUCUUAGUCAUCUGCUUUAGUUUCUGCACAUCAUUGUACAUAGCUGUUGCGGUCUGCGGCUACACCAUGUUUGGCGAAGCGGUCGAAUCACAGUUCACAUUAAACAUGCCUAAACACUUCUUUCCAUCUAAAGUCGCAGUCUGGACAGCGGUUAUUACACCAAUGACCAAAUACGCUUUAACCAUCACCCCAAUCGUUAUGAGUCUCGAAGAGCUUAUUCCAACGGCUAAGAUGAGAUCACAUGGUGUAUCGAUAUUAUUCAGAACAAUCCUAGUUACCUCUACUCUGGUGGUUGCACUUUCAGUUCCUUUCUUCGCGAUCGUGGCAGCACUGAUCGGAUCGUUCCUCGCAAUGCUAGUGGCUCUCAUCUUUCCAUGUCUUUGUUAUCUCAGUAUUCUCAAGGGUAAAUUAAGCAACACACAAAUUGGAUUAUGCAUGUUCAUUAUACUCUUUGGUUUGGUGAGUGGUUGUUGUGGUACUUACUCGGCUAUCUCAAGAUUAGCUAGUCAAAUGCCAUGAUUUUAGAAAACAUAUUGAGAUUAUACCAAAGAUAGUCCCCCGCCGUUUGAACUUAGAAUUUGUCACAAAAUGUAUCUUUCAUUUGUAUUCUGGUUUUGAUUUAACAAAAACUUAAUAUACGUUAUUCAAUGAAAUGAUUGGUCCUGCCAAACUGCAA